UCUGCACUUCUGCCACGGCUCUGACGCACACUCUUUUUAGGGAAAAAGAAGUGCUAAUCAAAAAUGUCCGAGACACCCCCAAAACACGCAACUGACAAUCCGUCAGCAUCCCCGUCGGAGGGGCGAAAUGACCCAGUGACCCAGGAAGAAAACAGCCCAGAAGGAGACCGGACAGAGACACAGGCACCAGAUAGGCCCAAGGAGGACACAAGGGAAAGACAACAACAAAAAGGCAAAGAGCGCGAGGGAAAGGAAGAAGUAAAUAAAGAAAACGCCUCUGAGCGUGAGGACGGUCAAGAGGAGGAAGGAGAAGCUCCAGCGCCACCAUUACCAGAUGAAGAGGUCCCACCACCGCUUCCCAACGAGGCUCCUCCCGGUGAUGACGAUGGGUGGGAACCUGUCUGGGAUGCCAACGUUGGAGCGUACUACUUCUAUAACCGCUACACGGGCGUGUCGCAGUGGGAUAACCCGCGCGUGCCGGAGGCGGCGGCGGAGCCAGCAGGUCCUCCUGGCGUAGAGGCCAGCGCUCCAUCCACGGAGAAGGCCGCGCCCGUGGUAGGUGGCUAUAACCCUGCCAUCCACGGUGACUACGAUCCGACGGCUCCGUACGCCCAGCAGUAUGAGCAGCCGCCCGAGGAUACAUCUGCCGUGGCUCCGGGUACGGAUCACUACGCUGCGGUUGGAGCGUUCAACCGGUUCACCGGGCGAUGGCAGGAUGCAUCACAGAACCCCGAGAACCAUAAUGAUCAGAAUAAAUCCUACCGGCAGAUGAAUGCCUUCUUUGAUGUGGACGCUGCGGCCAAUAGCCAUGAUGGACGGAGCCUGCGGGCAGAGCGGAGCGCUAAAAAGCUCACCAAAAAGGAACUGAAAAUGUUCAAGGAGAAACGGAGAGAGAAGAAGGAGGAAAAGCGAAGGGCAUGGCUACGCGAUUGACCGGAUUCAAUCCACAGACGAUGUCUUGUCAUUGAGAUACCUUUUGUUUUAUAUGGACGGGCUUGGGCGUUUGUACUGUAGUUCAUGGGUCGCAUAUGAUAGAGCAGCGUGUACUUCAAUUUCUUACAAUAAAUGUAACAUAUUCAUCUG